UCAUUUUCAGAGAAUAAGUCAUACAAACAUGCAUUUCUUUAUUCGAUCUCCAUUUGUUGAUAUAAGUUUUACUGAGUCAAGUCAAAGCCAAAAAAAACACACCUGUUAAGUAACAGUAUAGUAUAUAAAUUCUUGUAAAGCUUUCAACUUUGUGAUCAUUGCAUUCACUAUGUCAUCUUCUUCUUCUUCUUUGCACACAAAUAUGGAUCUCAGGGAGUCAAUCGCCAACCAGACGGACAUUUCUUUCAUGCUCGCUAAGCACGUUUUCUCCAAAGAGAUUAAUGGUGAUACCAACCUGGUGCUCUCUCCUCUCUCAAUUCAAAUAGUUCUUGGCCUCAUUGCUGCUGGCUCUGAGGGACCAACUCAGGACCAGCUCCUCUGUUUCCUCAAGUCCAAGUCUAUUGAUCAACUCAACUCUCUUUAUUCACAUAUUGUCAAUGUUGUCUUCGCUGAUGGCAGCCCGAAUGGAGGUCCGCGUUUGUCCGUUGCUAAUGGUAUUUGGAUCGACCAAUCACUGCCUUUAAAGCCUUCUUUCAAGCAGGUUGUGGACAGUGUUUACAAGGCUGCUUCAGAGUCGGUUGAUUUUCAGAACAAGGCUGCUGAGGUUGCCGAUCAAGUCAAUCAGUGGACGAAAAUGAAGACAAAUGAUCUCAUCAAAGAGAUUCUUCCUCGUGAUGCGGUGAACAACAUGACAAGGCUGAUCUUGGCCAACGCCCUAUAUUUUAAAGGAGAAUGGAAUGAGAAGUUUGAUGCUUCAGAAACUAAAGACCAAGAAUUCCACCUCCUCAAUGGAGGAUCUGUUCAAGCUCCAUUUAUGACUAGCAAGAAGAAGCAGUGUGUAGAAGCGUUUAAUGGCUUUAAAGUAUUGAGGCUUCCUUAUAAACAGGGCACGGACAUGCGUCGCUUCUGCAUGUAUUUCAUUCUCCCAGAUGCACAUGAUGGAUUACCAGCUUUAGUGGACAAAAUCAGUUCAGAACCCGGAUUCUUACAUCACCACGUUCCGUUUAGAAAAGUUAGCAUUCGCAAGUUUCUUAUCCCUAAAUUUAAAAUGACUUUUGGAUUUGAGGCUUCCAACAUUCUAAAGGGACUUGGCCUAACGCUGCCUUUCUGCGGUGGUGGUCUCACUGAGAUGGUUGAUUCCUCUUCAUCUGAAAACCUCUAUGUUUCACAAGUUUUUCACAAGUCUUUCAUUGAGGUAAAUGAGGAAGGAACCGAAGCUGCAGCUGUUACAGCUGCAGUAAUAAUGAAGAUGUCCUUGAUUAUUGAGAAGGAAAUGGACUUUGUUGCUGACCAUCCGUUCCUGUUCCUUAUAAGAGACGAAUCUACUGGUGUGGUGUUGUUCCUUGGGAGCGUGAUGAAUCCUCUAGCUGGUUAGCCUGCUGAAGCAAUGAAGAAAAAGUUUCCAAAGUGGCAACUGAAUCUCUGAAUUCACAUUAUCACAUGGAUAAUAGAAAGCUUUGUAUUAGCUUGGUGAGAUAAUAUAUUUGCAAAGAAUGAUAUAUCAUUUAUUAGGACAAAGUUUGGCGGCGUUAUGUAUCUAAAUAAUCAGUUUUAUGAUCUUUCUGUAACUAUGUAUUCUUAUGAUGAGACCUUGUUACAUAAUA